AUCUGUAUAGAACAGGUGAAUGCCGCCAAGGGAAGGCUCCGAAAUGUCCUUAACAACAGGGAGUUAUUUGCGAAGAUCAAUUCAUUGAUUGAGAAUGCUUCUUGUGACUGUAAGGAUGAAACCGUUUUCAAUCUACCUGAGGGAACUGGGCAGAAUCAAGGUUCAGCCAAUGGAGGAGGGGUCAUUUUCCCGGAUCAGUGUCCAAUGCUACCUGAAUCGACUGAAGAGCUUCGACCAUGAGCGAAUGCUCGGAGAAAUAGCCAAACCACGCUAUUUUAGUUGCAAAUUCGAUUGGAGGAUGGGAGUCGAAAAUGGGAUCCAAGUGACGGCCAAGUAUUUUGAUGGGCUGUGUCUGGACUGUAUGAAAACAACAGUUAAGGCUGAUAAGGAGUACAGAGAUCACAUUGACUUCUCCGAGCGGUACGACGACGAUUGCCGCAUCACUCAUGGGGGAGCCCACGCAUUACUUCAGCCUCAUGGCGCGCCCGCGAUAAGAGAGGCCAAGUUGCGGAUUAGUGCCAGAAAAGAUCAAGUUUGAACCCCCAGAGCUGCUGAGUUUGUCGAAUGAUGCCUUAAUAUUCUAAUACUGCUUUUUAUUGUUUGGUGUACCAAUCCUGAAUUGUAUAUUUAUCCGAACUGUCGUCAAGCAGCCUAUGAAAGCAGAAAAUAAACCUACAAUCUUGUAAUAUGAGGGGACGUUUCAUUGCAGGGUAGACGCCCUUAUAAAGGGUAUCCGUUUCGCCGAAACAAGAAUGGUUUCCUAAGCCGUAUGAACACAGCAAUCUAUUGACUGGUGCCUGUUGACUAGUACUAAGUAGCCAACUGGAUGUAAAAUUAAUGUCUUUCCUGCAGAGGGCGGUGAUUGGUUAAAUUUUAAAGGCCCCAAAGGGUGGGGGGUUAUCGGCGCUUAAGCUCAUGAAAGGGACAUUCGGAUAUGUAUGCCAUGGCGUUCCGAUAAGCAAAAAGCAGAUAGUUGUAACUGGGUCGACGCGAUUGGCAGUAGCAAGAUGGACAUGACCUUCGAAAAAG